AGGUACUUUCACAAAGCGUUAGCUAGUACUUUCUUUGCGAGGGAAACCACUAGAACUUUAGUGAAUGGCGAGCUGGAGAUCAUGGAUAUAGCACUGAAGGAUUUGAUGUAUAGCACGUGUGAUGGGAUAGUCAUGAGAGGAGAUCAGUCAGGAACAUCAAUCUCAUUCUAUCUGUUGGAGCAGCUGCUGAGUUACAGAGGAUGGGUUGAGCGGUUGAACAAGCUGGAGACAAAAGGAGUGAUAGCUAUGGGAGGUUUAGUAACUCCAAUCCUGGUAGCAUGCGAUGUCCCAAUGCGCUCCCCAGCUACUCCGCAUAGAUGGAUUGACAUCAAGAGUCUAAUCACGUCAAAGACUUUGGCCUCCAAGAAGACGAAUGGGUUGUAUAGGUACAAGUUUACUCAUCCUCAAGCUGGGAAAUCCAUCUUUCUACUCCCUUGCCCAUCUCUCACUUCUGUUGGCAACUUCGCGGAGUUCAUUCCACCUUUGGAAUCUUUGUAUACUUCUGAGAAUGAGGCUGUACCUAUGGAGGGUGUAGAAGGAGAAGAAGCAGUAGCAGGGUCAGAUGAGGCACAACCAAUGGAUGAAUCAGGUGCAUAUGCGCCAGAGAGGUUCCACUUUCAGGACUACUCCGCGCCUAAGCAGAACAAGAGCCAGAAGGUAGCUCACAAGCAUAUCAGUCUCCUUCAGAAAUGGAACAAGAUGCAAGACAAGGUUAUAGAAAAGCUCGCCAAGCAGUUCCAUGGUCUACAGAGUAAGUUUAGUUGUUCUACAUCCAGCACCGCCAUUCCUAGAGACAUCUCACCUAGUAGAAGCACCACUCCGGAGAAACACUCGGUCUACGAAACACGGGAACACCAAGCGCAGCCUUCUCCACCAAGACAGUCUUCUUAUGAGUCGCGGGAAAGAAAGAAGAAGCGCAAGAUCAAGCAGCGGUCUGCUGUCACUCGAGGAGAGCACUCGAACAUACCACUCGAGCAGCAACCCGAGCAGACAUUCGAGCACCAUCCUGUGCAGCAGCCAGAGCACAUUCCUGAGCAGCAACCCGAGCCCACUGUUCCGAGCUCAUCCCAGCCAGUACCUUGGAGCUACACGAGUGAGAGCAUGGAUGACUACGUCUCCGCUUUCUUCACUUAGACCAGUGUUCCGUGCUCUAUUGUUGCU